UUUAAUAAAUGAAGAAAAACAAAUAAAUGUUCAUUUUAUUAUUAUUAUUAAAUUACAUUAGCUUAUUUAUUAACUCUGUUGAUAUAUUAAAUUCCCAAGAUAUCAAUAUGUAAAUAAACAGUGAAAAUCUUCUUUUAUCAGAAGCUGAAUUCUCGUAUAAGAUUUUCCGACUUGUGCGUCAGAAGCUUGAUCUUUGGAUAACGGUAGCUUGUGUGGCUUCUGAGCCGCGCGAAAGGAGUGCCGCACCAUCGAUGUCGAGUUCUCACUCACGAUCGUGACGGUCGUCAGUCGGCUUUCAACUGGUCAAUCGUUAUCAUCAAGUUUAUCCGAUCUCUCGUCAAUCGCUCCUCGUGCGUAUUGUAUCGUCACUGAAAAUUCCGUACUGCUUCAUUACAGGCAACAUUUUUUUUUCUUCGAGUACCUUAAACAUUUCUGCCGUAUUAAUUAUUCGAUAAUACAAAUAGGCAUUUUUUUCAGCGUUGUAUUGCAACAAGUCAAACCAUUCUCUUGCUCAGUUUUCACCAUCGACCUAUUUUGUCAAGUUCUUUCGGGAGAUUCAAUUGCACGGUAAAUUUUUCCAAAUUACUCCAACUCUACAAAUCAAAGUUUUCAGUUAGGCCCGUCCUCCCUGCACAUUUAUCACUAGUAAAUGUAAAAUCUCGAUUGUAUUGUCCAUAAUACAAUCUCGUAACCACGAGAAGUUAAAAAUCGCCAGGCUGUGAAUGAAGGGGCUCUGCCGGUGAGGAAAAUCGACGGGAGACUUCACAGUGUUCUUUUCGAAUUGCAGAUCGAAUAUAAGUGCGCGCAUGUGGUUCGUGUGUGUGUACAUGUGCCAUCGUCGCCGCCGUCCGCAGCAGUAACGGAAAAGGAGAAGACUUGACCUGCAACGGCCGGAAUCACCGAAAAAUGGACGUGACGCCGCAGCGAGUCAUCUCCGGCUUGUUUUUGUUCACCCUUGCCACAUUACACCUCGGUUAUGCCAGAAACGGACCUAAUUACUAUGGCAAAUUAAUCGGGCCUUUACAGGAAUACGCGCAUGGCAUUAAAGGUAAAGCAUAUGCCGUUGAUGAUGCAACGAUAUUUAUAAAGGGAUUCUACUACGACGGUACCGGCCCAGAUGCUUACUUUUGGGUGGGAAACAGCAGUAUGCCCAGUCCAGACGGUUAUAUUGUACCUUAUCCCGAGACUGAUAAGGACAGUGACCCACAAGUAUUGCAGGCGUACAACAAUACUGACAUUAUUCUGAGGCUACCCGGAGGGAAACGUAUACGAGACAUCAAAUGGUUGAGCGUUUGGUGCAGGAGAUUUACGGUGGAUUUUGGUGACGUUUUCAUACCGUCUGAUCUGAAAGUACCGAAAUUACAAGUACUUCCCGAAUUUUCGAGAUUGGCGCACGGUCUUCGCAGUGGUAAUAUCAGUAUUCUAGACAGCAAAACCAUUUACAUACCGAAUUUGCAUUACGAUGGUGGCGGUCCAGAUGCUUACUUUUGGGUAGGCAAUGGUACAGAACCCAGCCAUUUUGGUAUCAAGGUUCCCAAUGAAGUAGGCAGUUCGGCACCAUUAAGAGGAUAUCAAGGAGAGGAUAUCGAGAUUGUGCUACCGGGGAAUCUGACAGUAUACGACAUCAAUUGGCUUGCGGUGUGGUGUGUCGAAUACAGACACAAUUUCGGGCACGUUCUAAUUCCAAAGGACCUCGAUGUUCCACCGGCUCUCGGCCAGACGAAAAUUACGACGAGCAGCACACCGCCUAACAAGCAGGCGAACAACUGCAAAGAAAUGCUGCAAGGCCGCGUUCAAGUGCAGUGGCAACUAAUGGGAGAGGAUGUGCAGAUUCGGGUCUCGGGACGUAUCAGGGAAGACCAAUACGUAGCAUUUGGGCUGUCAGGUAAAGAGGGCAAGGCUGAAAUGCUCGGUGGCGAUGUCGUCGUGAUCGGAUACGACAAUAGAACCGGCAAGUUCAUCGCCGAGGAUUACUACAUGUCGGACUUUGCCCAGUGUGAUGGCAAGAGGGGCGUGUGCCCCGAUAAGAGGGUCGGUGGAAGAAACGAUGCGGUAUUCGUGCACGGAGAACGAAAAAACGGCAUAACAACAGUUACAUACACGCGCCCACUGAGGACCAACGAGCCAGUGAAAGACAAGAUGAUACCGGAAAGGGAAACGACCGUGAUCGCUGCCAUCGGCCCUCUGAAUUCACAGGGUGAAGCCAAUGCUCAUGAGAGAUUGGAUAAGACCACCGAGGACAUUCGUAUCGAUUUUACGUCGCCCAGGAAUGUCCACGACUGUACUAAUUCUCUGUACGAUAUUCCGGACGAGUCCGAGCUCGAGCCCUGGACACCGGCCGUUAUCACUGAUGCGGAUACUUUCACUGCAAGAAUCGGACCGACUGGUGCGAAAAGAGGAUACUCGCGAAUAACAGGUACACCCUCUUGGGGCAUUGCGUGGUAUAUCAAUGACUUGCUAAUCCCGGAGAUCACCGUUGAGAGAGGUCAAACUUAUACCUUCAUCGUAGAGGGUGGAAAUGAUUCUUCCAAUUCUGCUAGAUAUCAUCCAUUCUACAUAACUGACAGUUCGGAAGGUGGUUUCGGACAGAAGAGCGAAAGCGAGCAGAUGGAGCAAACGGUAUUCGCCGGUGUAAACUAUGAUUCCAAGGGAUUUCCUUAUCCGACCGCAGCCGGUCGUUACUGCGAAUGGAUCCGCAACACAGUGGAUAACGCGGAUAAUUACGAGACGUUCAAGAGCUUCUUUCAAACACUCGAAUUGAAAUGUGAUAAGGGUGACCCCGCCAAACUCGAAUGGACGGUACAAGAGGACAUACCGGACUUGGUAUACUACCAGUGUUACACGCAUAAUCAUUUGGGCUGGAAGAUUCAUGUCGUCGACGCAGGGUACAGCUCGCAAAGGAACGUUAACGGCGUCGAUCGAAUAUUACCUGCAUUUACGAUCUUCAUAACGUUUAUCAUCACACUUCUUUUAUUCUCGAGAUGAAUUGCCGGAUUUCCCUCUUUAAACGCGGAACAAAUAGUAGAAGACGAAGUUGGCGACGAAAACUGCUCGAUUUAAGAUGAUCGCAGAAACGAUGACAAUAUAAACACACACGAUUGCUAAAUCGGCGAAACACGAUACAAGGUUGUAAGAAAGUAUUUAGCGCGUAAGGUCUACUUGUAAGGUAAAGUAAAAGAUUAGCAAAAUAUUUUUAAGAUCUAUCACAGAUUCAAUAUUUCACAUAUUAUAUGAUAUAUAUAUAUAUAUAUUAUAUACAUAAUAUAUAUAUACAUAUAUAUAUACAUAAAAAAAAUAUAUAUACACAUAUGAACAUGUACACAGGGACGUGAAAUUUCAGUAUUCUUUAACUUUUAACUUAGAAAGACAAUAAUGAUGAUCAGAGUCGGGUAAACCAAUGAAAUUUUGACAAUAAUUAUGAUGAGAUGUAAAACUUGGGUAAGACCAAUGAAAUUCUGACAAUAAUGAAUGAACGUUCAUUAUCAGGGGCAAAGGAUAUCUGAAUAUCCGGUAUCCGGAGAUGUGCUGAGAUUAAUUAUACACUUAAAAUCGAUGUGCGAGGAAACGAAGAUGCAUCGCGCGCGAUGUACAUGUACAAUGUAAAUUUUGCACAAAGUUAUAGUUGAUCUUAAUGUAAUUUUUUCUUUUUUUAAAUCGGUAAAUAAGUACGUAAGAAAUACAUUUAUAAAUGCUGUCGACUUGACAAUAAUACGUAGAAUAGUCAACGAAAGAGAGAGAGAGAGAGAGAGAGAGAGGGGGGGAGAGGGGGGGAGAGGGGGGGAGAGAGAGAGAGAGAGAGUCGUUAACGAAAUGUGAAUUAUGUACAAGAAAGUAAAGAAGAAGAACAACAAGUAAUACUUAAGGGAGAUGCAAGUUACAAACAGCUAUCCCCUGUACGUGUAACAAUGCUAUAAUAUGUAUAUACUAUAGAGUGGACCUUCCUAAAACAGUAUGAAAGUAUAAAAUGUGCCUUGGGUACAGAUAAUAAAUGUCUUUAAUUACAAGGAUUAGGACCCACUCAACAAGGGACACCGUGCAGUACUUUAGAACUGGUCUCUUAUGCGUGACGCGUAUCGUAUGUGAGUAAAGCUAAGAAAAGAAAGAAAAUGUCAGAGAGAAAAGAUUGCAUCGAGAAGUUUUUUCAAAUAUUUCAGACCAUUUUAAUUAUGUCCUCCAUGCUAACAUAAUUGAAUUAAAUAGUCAAAUUAUUAGACAAUAUUCGUUUGUACGCACGUUUCACGCGAUUGGUAAGGAUAAUUCUGCGCAAGGUAAAGAAGAAAAGCAGAGCAUCGAAAUAUCGAAAAAAAAAACAGCAUAUGGUGAUUACUCGUGUAGAUGUUUAUUCUACACCGGAAAAACGGUGCAAGAGAUAAGGCGUACAGCCAAGAGAAAUCAGCGGAAUACAUAAUCAACUAGGCUAGCGGAUGUAGCAUUAAUGUUUCUCAUGUUCAAGUCAGAGUCAAGUUUUAAAUCCGUGUCCAGCUCCUAAGUGCCCGUGUGUCCACAUCAAAAUUUACCGCGCAAGAAAUCCUUUGUGAUUCUUUCAAUCGCUUAUCGCACGAAAAGACCAGUUUGUAUUUAAUUACAUGCGCAUUAUAUACACAGGCGAGUAUCAUACAUAAACAUAUGCAAAACAAAACUCUGAAACUUACAUUAUCUAGCUUUACGAAGAGAGCGAGAUGUAAUAACGUAAGAUCGUUAAGUAGAAUCUCGUAUUAAUUACUAACGUGUAAGUUACAAUAAAUGACAAUAAGAACACA